AAUUAGUAGAUACUACUGUGAAGAAGAGGGUUGAGGACACAAAUCUAAUUGCCACAGGGCAUGAGCAUGAGGAGCUUGAAGUUGAACUUCAGGGGUGGAAAAUUCUUGAAGAUUUUAACAAUCUUGUUGGUCCUUUUGGCACAAAGGAAGCUCCUGCAGUCAUCAAAUCCUUCUAUGACGAGAAUAGUUGGGUGCCCAGGAGCUGAAGGCGAGGAUGAGCAUGAUGUUGUCUAGUUUUGGCUGGAGAAAGGCAAGCCACAUGAGUGUCCAGUGUGCUCACAGUACUUUGUGCUGAAAUCAGUGGGCCCUGGGUUUGUCUCAAAUACACCCUUUUGCCCUCA